CUUCCUGGGAUGCAGGAGGAAUUAGAACUGGUGGAGGAUGUCUGGAGAGGGGAAGCACAGGACCUUCUUACCCAAAUUGCACAGCUGCAGGAGGAGAAUAAACAACUGAUGACAAACUUGUCUCACAAAGACAUUAAUUUCACAGAAGAGGAAUUUCAGAAGCAUGAAGGAAUGUCGGAGAGAGAGCGGCAAGUCAUGAAGAAGCUGAAGGAAGUGGUAGACAAACAGAGGGAUGAAAUCAGAGCAAAGGACCGGGAACUCGGACUUAAAAAUGAGGAUGUAGAGGCUCUUCAGCAGCAACAGAACAGAUUAAUGAAAAUUAACCAUGACCUGCGGCACCGGAUCACCGUUGUUGAGGCUCAGGGGAAGGCGCUGAUUGAGCAGAAGGUGGAGUUGGAAGCAUAUCUGCAAACCAAGGAGCAGGAGAUGGGCAACCUGCGAGCAGAGCUGGGGAAACUGAGAGAAAAACUGCAGGGGGAGGACAGCCAAAAUGGGGAGGAAGUAAAGGCAGAACCAAACAAUGAUGACUGCCUCUCAGAGUCAGAAAAGAUGGCAAUGGACUUAAAAGAUCCGAAUCGUCCAAGAUUCACCUUGCAGGAGCUCCGGGAUGUCCUUCAUGAGAGGAAUGAAUUGAAAUCUAAAGUAUUUUUACUUCAAGAGGAGCUGUUAUAUUACAAAAGUGAGGAAACAGAAGAAGAGACUAGAUCCCCUCAACCUACACCCAUAAUUCAGUCAAAACCCUCAACUCAGCCUGAAUCUGGAAUCAAACGACUGAUCUUUACAGCCAUAAUGCCCAUGGUAGCAGCUGGAUUGAUUCCAGACGAUCCCACAUUGCAGCCAAUAAGAAGACUUGUGUCCCUUGUUUAGUUUCUUCUCUCGUGAUAAGAAACGUAUGCAGGCAUCACAGAAAAAUGUCCACUUCCAGGAUACUUUUGGAGAAUGGUCAAAUUCAAAUAAAGAUGACUCCUACACCGAACAAGGACAAGAAGCUCUGCAGCAUCUGUGACUAGAACCUUGAGGUGUUCGGUUUACCGCAGUAGAUCUCGACAGUCUAGUAACAAGAAGCUUCUGUAAGCAAAUCCGGCAGCUCAUCACUUUUAUUUGCCUUGCACACCUCAGUGGUUGUGUUUCAGAUGUACUCGUCAAAAGGGAUCCCUCACUGUUUACUUGGUGACUGUUUGCUGAAAACAGAAUCCAAGCUUUGUAGUAACAGCCGCCGAUACCCUGGGACAUCGAAGCUUCUAGAUGACUUGUUUUGUGCUGAGUAACAAGUCUAUGGUCUUGUUCAUGCAUUAACUACAGUAACACAAGCUUCUUUAAACCAAAAAAAGGACCUGUGCCAUUAUUAGAAGUUUGUUUGCAGUGUCCAAUAUCUAGUGGCAAAGACUCCUUUACCCUGUUUGUUAACACUAUCGGUUGUUUGCUUUUACCCUGUUUGUUAACACUAUCGGUUGUUUGCUUUUUAAUUCUGUAAGAAUUUUUUCAAGAGGGAUACGACAGCUGGCCACUCUCCGUGGCACAUCUUAGCACUGCUGUGUCCUGUCAAGUUCAGCUGACAUCUGCAUUUUGCAGAGUAACCACUUGGAAAUCCACCUGGUACAAACUGAUAAACUGGAGUAGCCUUGAGAGGGAUAGCGAGUGUAUAUUUCCCUUGCUGCUUAUAGUGCCUAAAGCGUGAAGAAACCGAUGUAUGAGGUGAGCGUGCCUUGCAUUUUGCCAUGAGUUCUGCAGUAUUAAUGGAAAACAAAUCGCUUACAAGGAGGAAUUCUAACACUUGAAUUUUUUCUUUCUUACUGGGGACUUCCCCCUAGAGUAGCAGACAGCUGCUGUAAAGGAAUUAGGUCUCUUUCCCACAGACAGGUUUUUAAUUAAGUCACACUCCACUUUUCUGUCUAGGUAAGACUGCCGAACUUCAGAGCGAAAGACAUCCUCAGCUAGCUGACAUAAACUAUUUUAACUGACUUAAGAGAUGUCCCCAACUCAAAACUUUUCUCUGACUAGUCUAAACACUACUUGGGCAGAGCAGGUGAAUUCUGUAUAUGCAGGCUGCUCCGCUGGUGUUGGUUGAUGUCUGGGUCGCCUGCAGUUACAGGGGCUUAACUCGCCAGCAGAAGCCCAGCACAGCUGAGCUGCCAGGAGGUGGGAUUUAGAUCUGCUUUGCAAUUGAGAUUGUGAGACCUCAGUUGUACUUAAAAAAA